GGGCNGGGGCCCGGCCGGGGCGCGGGGCGCGUGGCCGCCCCGGCCGGGCCUGAGCGGAGGUGUCGGUGUUGCAGGACUGGGUGCCGGCCGUGCGGGCGGGCCCGCCGCGGUGCGCGCGGUGCGGGCGGGCGCUGCUGCUGCUGGUGCAGGUGUACUGCCCGCUGGAGCGCGGCCCCGCGCACCGCGCGCUCCACGUGUUCGCCUGCGCCGCGCCGCGCUGCUGGGGAGCCGCCCGCAGCUGGAAGGUGCUGCGCUCCCAGUACUCGCAGGCCCAGGAUAAACAAAGCCGAGCUCUCAGCGUGAAGCAGAAACAAGAAUCUAACUUAGCUGCGAAGGAUUGGUGUGAAGAUGCAGAUGACUGGGGAGCCUGUGAUGGAGCAGAGGCUCCUGCGUGUGCCUCCCUUGAGCUACUUGGCCUGAAGGAAGCUGUGAGCAGUGAAGUGGAGUGUGCAUGCCAGCUCCAGCAGCUCCACCUGUCUGAGCCUGCCAAUGGCCCAGGUGCCCAGGACACACAUCCUGCAGCCAGGGAGGACAUGGAUGGCCCAGGUGCCCAGGACACACAUCCUGCAGCCAGGGAGGACAUGGAUGGCCCAGGUGCCCAGGACACACAUCCUGCAGCCAGGGAGGACAUGGAUGGCCCAGGUGCCCAGGACACACAUCCUGCAGCCAGGGAGGACAUGGUGAUGGCAAUGGCUGCUUCAGCUCCUGUGUUCCAGCCCUUCUACAUUAAUGUUGUGGAUGAGGAAGACUACAUGGGUUUCCUUGAUACAGAUCAUGCAGAUAAGCUACUGAAGGAGUAUCAGCAGAGAGAGUGUGUUGAUUUGGAGCAGAUGAUGUCAGAAAGUUUUGCAGGUGAAGAUGGUAAUGAAAAAUAUGAGAAGAAUGAAGUCAAAAACUGGGACCACACAUUCCAUAAAUUCAUGAAAAGAAUAUCUGUAUGUCCUGAACAGAUUUUAAGAUACUCUUGGGGUGGCCAGCCUUUAUUCAUCACGUGUCCUCCAGCCAACCUGGACCAGGGUAUUCCAGCCUGCAGUACCUGUGGAAGCAGCAGAGUGUUUGAGUUCCAGCUGAUGCCCACGCUGGUCAGCAUGCUCCAGAGUGACUCAGAUCUGUCAGUGGAAUUUGGAACUGUUAUAGUUUACACAUGUGAGAGAAGCUGUUGGCCGACAGAUCAUCAAACCCCUCUUGAAGAAUUUAUUUUUGUACAAGAAGACCCGGAUCAGAGAUUAUUUAAAUAAAUUGUAUUUCUCUGCAUAGAUCAAAA